UCGUGGAAAUAUUUAGGAAAUACGGCGAAGAAAUUUGUUUAAAUAAGAUGAAACGUCUUUGUUUCUCUGUCGAUGACUUGGAGCCUUACCUGAAAUCGAAAUAUCCAUUAUUGAAAUUAAGAGAUAAUGACCACCAACAUUCCUGGCAUGUUGCACCAAACAUAUUCGAAUCGGAAGAGCUGUCAAAGAAGGUCUACAUUAUGGCUUCAGUUAUGUUAUUUCACUGCUGCGUCAAUUCACGUGGUCAAGUAGAGAAUGAUAUUUGUAUGUAUAUGAAGAAAAGUGACAGAAUAAUGAUUCUUAAUUUCUGUGAAGUGCUUAGUCAGGAUGAAGUUACUUUCAGUAGCGUUAAACAGGCAAUCGAAGGUGCAACUCGAACAGAAAAAGAUCAGAUUAAACCGCAAGAAAUAUUGUCAUCAAAGGAUCAUGCACUGAAGUCGCCCAUGUCGUUGAAAUCCUCAGUAAAUGUACUGCCGAUGUUUGUUACUGAAAAUCACGUGAAUCGUUGUUGUACAUGCUCUAAAAGCCCAGCUUUACAGAUCGAUUCAGCCGAUGCAUCUGUAUCACAAUUUACUCAUACUAAAUCCCCUGAUGCUAUUGAUCCUUCGAAAGAUGCUGUUUAUGAGAGUGCAAGUCGCUGUCGGAUAUGUUUGGAUGAUUCGAAGAUUGAUUCAGGAGCUGACGCAUCAUCAAUCGAUUCUCAGGAGUCGUUAGGGUUACAUGAAGAAGCCUGUAAAAAGUUUUCUGAAGACACAUGUGAAAAGCCUAUCAAUAAAUCAAGCUGUGAAGACCCUUGUUCAUCUAAUGUUCCAAAACAGAAAGAAGAGUAUUGUGAAAAGGCUUUUGAAGAGAUCUGUCAAAAGCCUAGUGAAGAAUUUUGUUGUGACUCCCCUUGUGCAGCUCCUGUUCCACCAGGUGUACCCGAAAAAUACUGCAGCAAAGAUGGAGGAAUAUCACAGACACAGUCUCCGUCUGAAACCAAGUCUACCGAUGAUACCGCGAAACAAUCGGAUCGCGAUAAAGAGAAAAGGGAUACAACUACAAGAAUGACAUUAAAACAAAAGAAGGUAUAUUUCCUCAUAGCCACCAUAGUCUGUCUUUUAGUUCUACUGACAAUUCUAAGCAGCGUGUUUAGAGUUUGGAGUGAAAAGACACCUACAGGAUUAGGUGCUAGAAAAAGCCUAACCAAUGUAAGGCGAAGUGGAGUGGUAUCACCAGUGCGGCCAAUAUUAGCGCCAACAGCACUGCAGGACAUGAAAUCGAUGUCACAACCGAGGGAUACGAGUAUUGUAGCAGAAUGGCAAUUGUGGGAAUGUAAAGAAAAGCUAUGCCAAAAAGUAAUUCGCUUCACCACCACCACCGAAAAUGUCUUCUCUUCCAUGAGCCGUUGCAUUCUUCUAUGCAGUGGACCUCAACUAUGGCCCAUCCCAAUUGGCUUUACCUACUUCAGUGACUCUAUCGUAACCGUGUCAACUAGAAAGCUGGAAUACAAAUUCCAAGCAGUUCCAUCAGAUUCUGUCCAACAAUAUUUGAGUGAGGCAUUCAAAUUAUUUCUUCAGGAGCUUACAAACUUAGAAAACAUAGAUAAAAUGUCAUGGAAUAAAACUAAAGAUGACUCGGUUAAAAAGAUGAUUAUUCAGAUCGAAGUGGAAAGCGAUUCAGAUCCAAGACUUAGACUAGACACGGAAGAGGCAUAUAUGAUUAAAAUUGAUACUAUUGGAAGUCAUGUUUGGGUAAGAAUCAAUGGUGUAUCGUUUUGCGGAGUCAGACACGGACUUGAAACACUUGGCCAAUUGAUACUGCUAGACCAGGAUACUGGUAGACUUAUCACAUUCUCAAAAGCGAUAGUAAAAGAUGCACCCGCGUAUAAAUACAGAGGUCUCAUGAUUGAUACAGGAAGCAAUUUUAUACCGCUGCAAGAUUUAAUGCGAACCGUGGACGCAAUGGCUUCUUGCAAACUUAACACGCUUCACUGGAGGAUAUCUUCAGUUACAAGUUUCCCGUUACAACUUUCAAAUGUUCCAAUUAUCAACGAAUAUGGUCCCUACGAUAGAAGCAUGGUGUAUACUAAAAGCGAUGUGAAAUCAUUGGUUCAACAUGCCGAACUCCAGGGGGUAAGAGUUGUCAUUGAAGUGACAUUGCCUGGUCCUGUUGGUAGACCUUGGUCAUGGUUGGCAGAAGCCAGUUGCCCAAGGAAAGACUAUAAUCAUACUUGCAAUACCCUUUGCUUACGUCUGCCAAUGCUUCCCGGGGUGUUUGAUAUAAUUCAGGAAAUUUACACUGAAAUACUUCAGUUGACGAAUGUCAAAGACGUUUUCCAUUUGAGCAAUGGUAUCUUCACAAUGGUGAAUUGUUUUGGCUUGAUGGAGGAUCGGGAGGGAUUUUUUGAAAAGGCUCUUUAUAGGCUUAGGGUGGCUAAUGGGGGGAUUUUACCGAAAUUACCAAUUAUAUGGUACACGCCGUUUAUGACGAAUGCUUACGAUAUGAAAACUUGGGAGCGACUAGGCGUUCAAGUUAUGGACUGGGAUCCAAACUCGUCUGAGCAUUCCUUGAGAAAUUUCAGAGUAAUACAUUCAUCAAAAUGGGAUUUAUCUUGUGAAAUGAAGAGGAAACGCUGCACGAAAUACAGAACGUGGCAAGAAAUGUACGGCUGGAAUUCUUGGAAGAAUGUUGAAGUGUUCACUAUUGAAGGCGGAGAAGCACUCUUGUGGACUGACCUCGUUGAUUCUGGCAACCUCGAUGAGCAUCUUUGGCCACGAGCGGCGGCCGUUGCUGAACGUCUGUGGUCUGACGUAGCUGUCAACUCCUUCGCAAAUCACUCUGUCUACGCUAGACUAGAUAUGCAUCGAUGGCGGAUGUUGUUGCGUGGAAUAAGUGUCCAACCGAUUUGGCCGGCGUGGUGCAGCUUCAAUCCUGGUGUAUGUCUUGAGAAGUUACAUCAAUCAAUACACACAGCUGAUUAUAAGAUUAGGUUUAUAUUUUAG